AUGGCUUGCGAGGACAGCACGGCUUGCGAGGACAGCACGGCUUGCGAGGACAGCACGGCUUGCGAGGACAGCACGGCUUGCGAGGACAGCACAGCUUUCGAGGACAGCACAGCUUUCGAGAACAGCACAGCUUUCGAGGACAGCACAGCUUGCGAGGACAGCACAGCUUGCGAUGACAGCACAGCUUGCGAUGACAGCACAGCUUGUGAUGACAGCACAGCUUGCGAGGACAGCACAGCUUGCGAGAACAGCACAGCUUGCGAUGACAGCACAGCUUGCGAUGACAGCACAGCUUGUGAUGACAGCACAGCUUGUGAUGACAGCACAGCUUGCGAGGACAGCACAGCUUGCAAGGACAGCACGGCUUGCGAGGACAGCACAGCUUGCGAGGACAGCACAGCUUGCGAGGACAGCACAGCUUGCGAGGACAGCUCAACUUGA